UUACGAUUGGCGCGAAUCACAACAACAACAAUGCAACCCUUAAAACACUCAGCAACUUUAACUAGCUUUGUUUUAUGAUAACAGCUCACUUGAGAGUAGCUCAGAAAUGCCAUCUUUAUUUCGACUUCCUAUGAAGUGGUGCGGAUAAAUAUGUCAGAUGAUAUAUGUUUAAUGUUAUUUAGUAAUCGGGGUGAACCUUCGGAAUAAUAACUGUAAAGUUCUAAGGGCACGGGCGCUCUGUCGUCAGGAGCCCAUGGUGUUUCUUAAUCUCUUGACACUUGUCGGUUUAUAUAGCAAUUCAAACUUUUCCCCUGUCCUUUGGUGUAUUCUUUUUUAUUAUCAAAGAAUACUGUCAAUUACUUAAAUUAAAGGCACGACACGGAGGUUCAGCAUGUCGAAAGAAGACAGGGAGCAAUACGUGGUGAAGUUUGUUGAAACAAAUGGCAAAAAGACGGGCUUUGCUGCUAAGGCCUAUGAGGCUAUCAUGGAGUUGCAGUCGGAGAAAUAUCUGAAAACCAUAGAUGAGAAGACUGCCCUGCAGAUGGACCACAACGACAAGUCUCUGUUUGUCUUUAGCAGUUUUUUCACACCGGCUUUCCUCCACUGCAAGAAGCUGGGCUGUAGGGUGGUGAGUCCCCUGGUGGUGCUGUACUGUCUGCAGCAGCAGAGAUGUGUCCCCAAAGCAGAGCAGCCCAUCUACAACAUGGCCAUGGCUGACGUCACCAUCUCCUGCACCAGUCUGGACAAGGAUGCCAGGACGGAUGUGAUGAACCUGGUUCAGCUGAUGGGAGGGCACUUCUACCGGGACCUCAACGUGUCUGUGACCCACCUGGUCGCCGGGGAAGUUGGCAGCAAGAAGUACGUGGUGGCGGCCAGCCUGGGCAAGCCCAUUCUGCUGCCCUGCUGGGUCAGAGACUGCUGGCAGAAGUCCCAGGACAGCCUGUUCCGAUACACAGAGCUGCCGGAGGAGGAGUACCGCUGUCCCGUGCUGCAGGGCUGCACCGUGUGUGUGACCGGCCUCUCCACCGUGGAGCGCAAGGAGGUGCAGCGCCUCUGCCAGGAGCACGGAGGCAGCUACACCGGCCAGCUCAAGAUGAACGAGUGCACCCACCUCAUCGUCAGCGAGCCCUCCGGCCCAAAGUAUGAGUGUGCCCGGAAGUGGAACGUGUUCUGCGUGUCUCUCCACUGGCUGUUUGACAGCAUAGAGAAGGGCUUCUGUCAGGAUGAGAGCAGGUACAAUGUGGAGCGCUCAGCCACGGCCAAGUCCAGCAAGCCCCAGACCUCCACCCCCACCGGAACUAGCAGGAAGAGGGACGAGGGUCCAUCUCUUCUGGGGCUGAGCCACAUCUCUGUGAACAGCAGCCUGACGGUCAACGACACGGCCCUCACCAACGCCACGGUGAGCCGCCUGGACCUGCCAGACCCCCUGGACACCCUGGACCUCAGCACCUGCCCCUCAGACGACCUGCUGGACGGCUGCAAGAUCUUCCUGUGUGGCCAGCCAGGGAAGAGGCUUGAGAAGCUGAGGCGGCUGGUCAGUGCUGCCGGAGGCCUGCGCUUCAACCAGCCCUGCGACGGCCUCACGCACGUCGUCAUGGGAGACCUGGACGCAGAGGCCACAGCCUUCCUGGACAAGGCCACGCACAGGCCUCAUGUGGUGACAGUACAGUGGCUACUAGACAGCUUCUCCAGAGGCAGCCUGCUGCCUGAGGAGUCCUACUUCCACCCCUCCUGUCUGCCACCUGCCCCGGCCACGCUGGCCAUGCCUGCCCCCCGCACCCCUGCCCCCCGCCCCAGCUCCUCUUCAGCUGCCCCCCUGGUCCCCAGCCCCCCCACCCCCAGGCACCAGAGGGCAGAGGAGGACAUGCUCUCUCAGUACCUAGAUGAUGACCCGACAGUGGUGGAGAUGCCCCCCCCAGCAGCUACAGAACCAGAGCCCUGGGGGCCCGGCCAGACCUCCGUGGCUGGUCCUGGGGCUGGUCCUGGGGCUGGUCCUGGGGCUGGUCCUGGGGCUGCGGCAGACUCUACCAUGCAGGAGGACAGUGAGGCCGGCCUGUUUGCUGGAAAGAGGUUCCUCCUGGUGGGCUUUGAUCCAGACGCAGAAACUGAGCUGUCCUCCCUGUUGGUGGACAACGCAGGGAAGGUUCUGGUGGGCCGCACGCGGGCAGUGGCAGAUUAUGCUGUGGUCCCCCUGCUGGGCUGUGAGGUGGAGGCUACGGUGGAAGAGGUCGUCACGGAUACCUGGCUGGCUAUGUGUGUGGAGCAGCAGUGUGUGCUAGACCUGUCCUCCCACCCUCUGUUCACCCCAGUCCCAGUCCUGGAGGGGCGCUCUCCUCUCAGAGACUGUGUCCUCUCUGUCAGCCAGUUCAUUGGAGCAGAGAGGGAGUCUCUGAUCGAGCUGGCCAGGCACCUUGGAGCCAGUGUGCAGGACUACUUUGUGCGCAUGGCCAACCCAAGGAAGGGCAUGCUGGCCAGCACCCACCUGGUUCUCCAGACCCCCGAGGGCUCCAAGUACCAGGCGGCCCAGAAGUGGGGCCUGCCUGCCGUCACCCUGCGCUGGGUCCUGCAGUCAGCCCGGACAGGCCGGCGGGCCGAGGAGGGCCGCUUCCUGGUGGACCUGCCCCCUUCACCAGAGAGAGAGGAGGAGAGUUUUGUGGGGGGCUCCCAGAAGACCCCCAUGCCCCCUCCUCAGGCCUCCCCUGAGAUCGCCCUGCUGGGGCCGCAGAGCGGCAAGGCCAUCACCCCUCUGGACUUGGGCCGCUUCCAGAGCAAGAUGUUCCAGUCAGCAUUGGACCAGCUGAACCCCAAGGUGGAGGCCAGCACCCCCGGUCAGGAUGGGGGGGUGUGCAGCAGGAGAGCCCCCCCUCAGAUCGAGACCCCCCUCAAGCUGGACACGCCCUCUCGCUUUCUCAGCAGAGACCAGCUCUUCAGACCCUCCUUCAACAUCAAGGAUGCGUUGGCGACGUUGGAGACCCCGGGGGGGCGGUCCCAGGCUGGGGAGAGGGCGGAGACGCCCCUGACGGACAUAGUCAACAGGAACCGUCAGGUGGCGCUGGUGAACAGCAGCCGUGGCCACGCCUCCUCAGACCUGCAGGCACUCACAGCCAGCCCUCAGCUCAACAUGGGGCCUGAGGCCCCGGAGAAGGACUCUUCCCCUGCUGCUCCCCUGGCUGGGGUGGUGGUGUGUGUGGGGAAGAAACUGAGCAAGAAGCAGGGAGAGCUCAACGCCAUCGCUGCCUCUCUGGGGGCAGACUUCAGGUGGUCCUGUGACGACACUGUGACCCACUACCUCUACCAGGGUCGAGUAGGAGAUAACACACGGGAGUACCGGGGGGUGAAGGAGAGAGGGCUGCAUGUGGUCUCCCAGCACUGGCUCCUGGCUUGUGCUGAGCAGCAGAAGCAUGUGUCUGAGUCCCUCUAUCCCUUCACCUACAACCCCAAGAUGAGCCUGACGCUCAGCCAGGCCCCAGACAGCACCCAGAGGUCCCCCCCGGGGGCCCCCCUCUCCCUGGGCAGGCUCCUCCCAGAGGCCUCAGACUGCAGGGAUGGUGCUGAUCCUGAACACCGUGAUGAAGGACAGCCCUCCACCUCCCACCGGCUCACUGAUGGAGAGCCUGAUGGACAACAAGUGCAGGAGAACACUGAGAAGACAGACUUGUCUGAGACUCUGGAGAUGAGGGAGACCCUGCACAGGCAGCUGCAGGCCAUCAUGUCAGCCACCAAGCUGACCACCGGGCGGCGCUCCUCCGCCAGGCUGACCAGGCUGGGCUCCGGGGGGGGCGACUCCCGGCCCCACACUCCAGACCGGGCAGGCCGCAGUGGGAGCCUACGCACCCUGGAGGCCCUCAGGAUGAGCAGGGAGGCCCUCAUGGACCUGAACACGGAGCCCUCCCAGAGCGAGCAGAUCGUGUGGGACGACCCCACGGCCCGCGAGGAGAGAGCCAGGCUGGCUGACAACAUGCAGUGGCCUGGUAGCCCCUCCCAGCACUCAGAGCCCCUGGCCCUGCCCCCAGCGCCGCCCGUCGCCUCCACAGGCAACCUCCCCCAGCUCCGAGACUCCAUGACGGACUCAGAGCUGGUGGAAAUGGUGGCCUGUGAUGUCAUCGAGCAGCAGAUGGGUCUGGGGGUGAAGACUCUCCCAGUGGAGGAGCAGAUCCUCACUCCUAAAGCCCCCAGUAUGGCCUUCCCCCUCGCUAACCCCCCCGUGCCACCUGAGCCACAGCAGACAGAGGAGGAGGAGGAGAGGUCAGGGGAGAAGGAGCCCCCCAGGUUCCAGCUGUCCUGCCUCAACCCCCAGGAACGCAUCGACUACUGUCACCUCAUAGAGGAGCUGGGUGGGGUGGUCCUAGAUAAGCAGUGUUUUGACCCCAGCUGUUCUCACAUCAUCGUGGGGAGCCCCCUGAGGAAUGAGAAGUAUCUGGCUGCCAUGGCAGCAGGAAAGUGGAUUCUACACCGCUCCUACCUGGAGGCCUGCCGCUCCGUAGGACACUUCAUCCAGGAGGAUGCGUAUGAGUGGGGCAGCAGUUCCAUCCUGGAGGCUCUUCCCUCCAUCACCUCCCAGCAGAGGAGGCUGGCGCUGGCUGGCCUGCGCUGGAGGAGGAGCCUGCAACACCGCACUGGCACAGAGGGGGCGUUCAGCGGCUGGACCGUGAUGCUGAACAUCGACCAGAACAGAGAAGCAGGAUUCAGAAGACUGCUGCAGUCUGGAGGAGCCAAGGUGCUGCCCAGCGCCUCCCCAGCCCUCUACAGCAGCACCACACACCUGUUUGCAGACUUCAGCAUGCUGAAACCAGGAGACUUCAUGGUGGACUUGUCCGAGGCAGCCUCCAUGGGUGUCCAGUGCCUAAAGGCAGAGUACAUAGCAGACUACCUGAUGCAGGAGCCCUCUCCUCCUGUAGAGCUGUACUUCCUGUCUGGCUCCUCUGCCCAGGCCCCGGACCCAGACAGAGGAGCCACUCCCGCACGCAAGCGCAAGGCCUCAGGAGACUCCUCCAGGCUCAAGAAGAGCCGCCUCAAAUGAAAUGAACCCUCCAAACUGUCUUCUCCUUGUCACCGACUGUAGGUAUUGCCAUUUUAGCAGUGUCUAAGUAACUUGUCUUUGUAAAUAAGUAUUAUUAUGAUUGUAAGAAAAUAAAAUUAUUUGGAACAU